AUGAUCUCUAGGGCUUAUGGGAGCGUGUCUCACAAGUCAGAUGUGUAUAGCUAUGGAAUGUUGGUUCUGGAGAUGAUUGGUGCAAGAAAGAAAGAAAGUUUUGACCAAAACUCUGCAUCAAAUGCAAGCUCAAUGUACUUUCCGGACUGGAUCUACAAAGAUCUUGAAAAGGAAGACAGUGGAAGACUUAUUACCAAUGAUGGAAUCAGCAGCAACGAAGAAGAUGAGACAUUAAAGAAGAUGACACUGGUGGGUCUGUGGUGUAUUCAGUCUUCCCCAUCAAACCGCCCACCAAUGAACAGAGUGGUGGAGAUGAUGGAAGGAAGUCUUGAAGCUCUUGAAGUGCCUCCAAGGCCGGUCUUGCAGCAAAUUCCAACAGCGCCGCUUUCUAAAUCUUUUUGGAUUUCUGAGGAGAGUUUAGCCGCUUCUGAGGUAUGA